AUGACCCACCAAACCCAUGCUUAUCACAUAGUAAACCCAAGCCCAUGACCACUAACAGGAGCAUUCUCAGCCCUCCUACUUACAUCAGGCUUAGUAAUAUGAUUUCACUAUAAUUCAUACACCCUAAUAACUAUUGGUUUAUUAGCAAAUAUCCUAACAAUAUAUCAAUGAUGACGAGAUAUUGUACGAGAGGGGACCUAUCAAGGCCACCACACACCAAUUGUACAAAAAGGACUUCGCUACGGAAUAAUCCUAUUUAUCGUAUCAGAAGUCUUCUUCUUCGCUGGAUUCUUCUGAGCCUUCUACCACUCUAGUCUAGCACCAACCCAUGACUUAGGGGGAUGCUGACCUCCUACAGGAAUCACCCCAUUAAACCCAUUAGAAGUUCCCUUACUUAACACAUCAGUACUUCUAGCAUCCGGAGUAUCCAUCACAUGAGCUCACCACAGCCUAAUAGAAGGAAAACGCAAUAAUAUAAAUCAAGCUCUUAUUAUUACAAUCCUACUUGGAAUUUAUUUCACUAUUCUUCAAGCCUCAGAAUAUUUUGAAACCCCAUUCUCUAUCUCAGAUGGAAUUUAUGGGUCUACAUUCUUUAUAGCAACUGGAUUCCACGGCCUCCAUGUAAUUAUUGGGACCACCUUCCUAAUAGUAUGCUUACUACGCCAACUCAAAUACCACUUUACAUCUAAGCAUCACUUCGGAUUUGAAGCCGCAGCAUGAUACUGACACUUCGUUGACGUAGUAUGAUUAUUCCUAUAUGUAUCUAUUUAUUGAUGAGGAUCAU